AGCCAGUCCAGUGUCCGUGCGGAGAAAAAUACACAGUUCGGCUAAAUUUACUGGAAAUUACCAGAAAAUAAGGUGACUCAUUGAACUAAUUAGUGUUCUCGGUUGUUCGUCAGGGUUUCGUCGGACAAUCGGUGGUCGGAACGGACGUUUGUAGUCGAAAUCAGCGCGGUGGGUUGGUGGGCGAUUGUGAUUGACGGGUUGUCCCCAUCGGUAGCGCUACAUCUUCCGUGUCCAGAGAGUGAUUGAUGCGAGCCACUUGAAAAGAAGUGCAAAGAGGAAGGAAGGAAAAUUCAUAACAAGUACGGAAAGCAAGAGUAAGAAGCGGAUUUUUCGCUUGCAAAGGUUAGAAUGGAUACGGUAGUCAAAGGCGAUGGUAAGGUUUCGCCUUCCGCCGCCGGGAAGAAGCUGAAACAGACGAGGCUUCCGUUUCAGAUUUUAACCGGAUCACCAGCGACGUCGCCAGUAGCAGCGAAGACGACUCCAACCCGCAAGCGAAAACCCUCGAUCGAAGCGGACAGCAACAGGGCUACGAAAAUUGGACGCACUUCGGAAGCGAAGGAAAAUGUCAAGUAUUCUGCUGCUCCCAUUGUGGUGUUGGACGAAGAGGCUAGUUCUGAUACGACUACAGCAACGGAUUCAUCGGUGGCUUUAGUUGUUGAGGACGAUUUGCCGCAAACUUCAACGAACGAAGACGGGGAAAGUAGUGGCGAAUCGGCUAGCAAGGAAAAGGAUGAUACAAUCAAGAUAAGGUUUCCGAUUGGGAAGAAGAAGGGCAGGAAGAGCAGUGCUGGAGAGGCAGGAUCAGCAAAGAAAAAUGUUUCGAAAGAGAAAAAGAAGCAUAAGAGAGAGGGCAAAAAGAGCAAAGUUGAGCAAACGGCGGCAGCGGAAGAAUCAAUAGUACUCGACGACAGUGAUUUGUCCGAUGCGGAAAAGCAAGACGAAAAGGAGGAGGUGAAAGUUGUAGAACUGCCCGUUAAUAAGGAGAAAGAAGCGGAAGCCACAGCUGAUAAGGACGAAGACGUGCCUUCCGAUCAAGCUGCUAAAAAGGACCCAACAGUCGAGAAUGUUAACAAAGCGGAAACGACUGACGAAACUUCUUCGAAACCAGUCACUGCCACUGCCGAAGAGACAAAUGAACCUGAGUUGGCCAUUGAGCUCGAUUCAGCUGUGGACCAAGCGAAUGACGUCAAGAAGAAAGGAAAGGAUGAAACCGUUACUCCUCGUCGAACUCGUCUUCCUAGAGCAGCUUCGCAAAAAACCAGCGAACCUGAGCCGAAAACAGAUCAGGUAACUCCUAAACGAGGCCAAUCGGCGAAGAAAUCGGUUGAUGAAAAGAAAUUGGAUUCUACCACCCCCAAGGCACAGAAGAAAGCUAAAGGGGAAUCGGAAGUUGGAGAGAAGAAAGACUCGGCAGAGCUAAAGCAGAAGCCUGCCGGUGGCGCAUUGGAUAAGCUGUUCGCCAAGAUUCAAACAGAAAGUAAGACGAAAUCUAUCAACGAAACGGAGACGACCGAACUUCAGAAGACUCCGGAGAAAAAGUCGCCCAAAGCGAAAGCAAAUUCCACGGAGGCAAUGGAGGUCGAUCAGCAGGAAGAAGCGGCCACCAGCAAACCCAACAUUAGCGCUAUCAGUGUCAGCAUCUGUCUGGACGAUUCUACAGACCGUGCAGGUGAUGCGGACGACGAGGAAAAUGCCUACAUGCUGUGCACUCCGAACUCGAAGGAACGCUCCCUGUUGGUAGAUGAUAAGCAGGAGAAGAAACUGACACCGAAGCAGAUUGCUCGGCGAAAGGAAGCCGAGCAGAGGCAAGCCGCUAAGCAGCAAGAGUUUGAGGAAAGGAAAAAGAAGAAGGAAGAGGAAAAAGAAGCCAAGCAGCGUGAGAAGGAAGAACAGGAGCGCCUGAGGAAGAAGGAGAGGGAUGAAAAGGAAGAACAGAGGCGCAAGGAACGGGAGGAGAAGGAAGAGCAAAAACGCAAGGAACGGGAUGAAAAGGAAGACCAAAAGCGCAAGGAGAAGGAAGAGAAAGAGGAACAGAAGCGUAAGGAACGAGAGGAAAAGGAACGCAAACGGUUAGCGGAGGUAGAGGCGAGGAACGAAGAAAAGCGCAAGAAGGACGAGCAGAAGGAGGAGGAACGGAAGAAGAAAGAGGAGGAGAAGGAGGCGGAAGAGAAGCGCAAACAGAAGACGGCUCAGGCGUUUCAGAGUUUCUUCGUGAAGAAACCGGCGUCCAAGGACAUGAAACAGUCGGACGAUGAGAACUCGAUGGAUCGUCAGUCGGUGGGUGAGGGAGAAGUACCGCCGCGGUUGGCCUUUAUGCCGUUCUGUGUGAAGGGCGAUAUGCGGCUGGCACCGAUCUGCCGCGUUCUGCUGGAAGGGGACCGGAAGAAACGGUUGGAGGAUGUGCUGGCGGGGAAGGAGGAUUCGGGCAGCAAGCGAGGGCGGGAUGGCUUGUACUUGCAACAGCUGAAGCACAAAAACUACCUGGUCGGGCGGAGCGACAGGACGGCACAGGAUGAUGAGGCGGACGAGGACGAUGUGAUGAUUGUCGACGACAACGUUUGCCACCAGAUCGAAGUGGAUCCAUCGGCGGCGCCUUCCCGCCGGUACCGGGCCAAGUUCUUCCUGUUCGAGGAAAAUCGCCGUCCACCGUACCGCGGAACGUGGCGGAAGCGCAGCAACCAGAUCAAACCUCGCCGGCCAUUCGUCCAAGAUACGAAAUUCUUCGACUACGAAGUGGACUCGGACGACGAAUGGGAAGAGGAGGAACCGGGAGAAUCGCUCCACGGCAGCGACGACGAGAAGGACGUCGAUCCGGAAGAGGACUACGAAGUGGACAACGACUUUUUCGUGCCCCAUGGACAUCUGAGCGACGAAGAAAUGCAAGCCGAGGACGACGUCAUGGACGACAACAGCCCGGAAACCCAGAAAGCCAAGCUGAAAAUUAUGCAGCAGGAAUUUGCCGCCGAAAUGAAGAAGAAGACGGAAAAGAUCAAACCCCGCCUGAUCGGGUGUCUGUGGGAGAAUGGACCCGGAGAGGGACCGGAAUGUUCGGCGGUCAUUUGGGAGAUUCUGAAGGCUCGGGCCAUGUUGUUCGAUCCGGAGGAACCGAUUUCGUUUACGGUGCAGAAGAGCGAACCCGAGUCGAACCAUACGUCGCCGUUGAAGGAGAAGGAACCGAUCGAGCGGAAGCCCAAGCAGAUCAAGCUGGUGGACGAAGGAGUCAAGGAACUGAUCACGCUCAUCCACGGUUGCGCUCUGAAUCGCAAGUUCCUGAUCAAAGAGUUUCUGGCGUACUGGGGCAAGCGGAGGGACGAAGGCGAAAUCAACGUGCCGCAGUACGCUCCGGACAGCAUCAGAACGAAAAUACUGGAAGUGGCCAGCUGGAGGCCCUGUCCGGAUGAGGGCCCGAUGCAGAACAAGAUGUGCUGGUACGUCAACAAGGAAGCACUGGUCAAGUACGCGUUGAUGGAUUUGAAAGUUCCAACCGGGUGGGAGUUUAUCCUGAAGCCGAUCACCAAGAGCAAAAAGGAGAAGAAGCAAAAGAAGGACGGCGAAGAGGAUGGCGACAAGAAAGCAGAACAGAAGAAGGAAUCCCCCAAGGAGAAGGAGAAGAAUGAAAGACUGCAAUCGACGCCCAGUUCCGCCACAAAGCCAAAACCACCGGGCACCGCUACCUCCCGCAUCACCAAGUUUACGAAAAAACUCUCCGAGGACGACAAACGGAAACAGUUUGCGAAAGAGAAGAAAGCCAAUGCCAGCCCUGCUCCCUCACCCAGCAGCAGCAGCAAAAGCAGGAAAUCGCAAAAGGCUGCCCCUGCUGCCGCUGCAUCUCCCAGCAGUGCGGAUGCUAAACCGGUGGCGGCAAAGAAGCGCGUACAGCUGCUAAUGUCCGUUCCGCGAGGGCAGAACAUCAACCAGACUACCAAGAAUAAUCUUAUCAGUCAGUUUUUGGCCAAGACAGGUGGCAGCACCAGUAGUCAAAGUAGCAGCGAUAAGUCCAAUGACCCAGAAGCGAUGGAGGUUGAUCCUCCGGCCGUCGUAAAUGGGGGGGAUGAGGACGAUAAGACCGUCAUUGUGUUGGACGAUUAGGGCUUAGAUUUACCGUCAUUAUGUCGGUGUUUAAAGUGUAUCUGUCGUUGCAAAUAUAUUGUUCUUUGUAAUUUAUUACACGCUAUUUUUGAUCAAUAAUAUAUAGCAGAUAAUUUUUAAGAUUUUUAUCAUUAACCCUGUCCCCCUCAUACGCACAUAGUUGAUAGGCACAGUUAUUUCCCCUAACCGCAUCUACUGUUACUCAGUUACUUUAGAUUAGUUUUUUUUUACCUACCAAGUUGAAACCCCAACUGUUGCACAGAACAAUAACAAUAAGUACAUUUGGAGUAAUCAUCUACCGUACAAAAUCGGUUUGCUGUUGCUGGGUUGUCACCGUGCGCGUAUCAGGUAGAAAGGCAAAAUAUCAAACCAACGAGAGUUGAAUAAACUGAGUGUGCGA